AGUGUCGAGUGAGGGGUUACAAAUUGAGUAAGAAGCUCUCUACGCAUGUUUGCAUACACUAUUUUCCCACUGCAUAGCUGAAUUACAAUAUGACCCCGCAUCGCUCGCCCCCUGGGCGUUAGUAAACCGUCAUCUUCGGGGGAAAUCACUUUCGUUUGCAGUGUGGGGCGUGAACAGUGACUUUUUGUACAGUUUUAACUGUCUUACUCCUCGGUCAGUUCAGUCGGCUGCAGCUGUCUAUCCAUAGCAACGAGAGGUCUGGCCGAGCUGAACUCCGCUGAGCCAUGCGACAGUGGUGUGUCCCCAUUGCGACCCCACGCGCUGAACCACUCCCGGGGCGCCUGUCCGCGUCACCCCUUCCAUCAGAUCCGAGGAUGGAGUGCUGCGAGGUGGAGCCGCGCUACACCAUCGAACAGAUCGACCUCCUGCAGCGCCUGCGUCUCUCCGGCAUGACCAAACCUCAGAUCAUCCACGCUUUGGAGUCCCUGGAGAGGCUUGACCCGGACCACCGGCCAUCGCACUGUGACUCUCACCCCGCCCCAUCCAACAACGCCCCCGCCACGGCCGCCCCAGCACCAUCUUCAUCUUCUUCAUCCUCCUCAUCGCUAUCCUUGGCUUCUGCCACCACUCAGACCUCUGGCCUGGAUGGUGCCGCACUGUCGCCCAGCAACAGCUAUGAGGCCUCACCUCCGCCUCUCUACCCUCCCAGUGUGGCAGUUCAGCGGUCGUUCAGCUAUGACAUGAUGGGGGAAGAGGAGUGGGACCUGGAGGAAAAGGUGGAAGAGUACAUGAGGAGGGACAGCAACCUGGUGAAGGAAGAAAUCAAAACGUUCCUCAACAAUCGCAGGAUCUCUCAGGCAAUCGUAGGCCAAGUUACAGGCAUCAGCCAGAGCUACAUCUCCCAGUGGCUGCUGCAGCAGGGCCUGGAGAUGAGCGACUCCAAGCGCAGAGCCUUCUACCGCUGGUACCUGCUGGAGAGGAACAAUCCAGGGCUGAGGUGGAGUGAAAGCCAGCACAGCGUGAGUCCCCCAGCCAGGGCCAGGGGAGGGGACAGAGACGGGACGGUAGCAGGGGCAAGUGGCAGCCUCGCCAACAUCUUCCCCAACCCCAACACCAACCUGAACCCCAACCCGUCGUGGAGCAGGCAGAGGGAGCUGCUGAUGCACCUGCUGCCGUGGUACACCGCUGCCGCCGCCGCAGCUGCCCAGACCCAGCCAGGGGCCACCUUAUCAAUGCGUUCUCUGGUGAAGGAGGAACCUGAUUGGAGGACGGGGAUUAUGGCUGCCGAAAGAGUGGGGAUAGUGGGUGGUCCUCUGAGGCUGCGUAGAGGAAGCAGGUUCACCUGGAGGAAGGAAUGCCAGUCAAUCAUGGAGAGUUUCUUUAUGGAGAACCAGUACCCGGAUGAGGCAAAGCGGGAGGAGAUCGCCAACGCCUGCAACUCCGUCAUCCAGAAGCCAGGCUGUAAACUGUCUGAGUUUGAGCGUGUCACAGCGCUGAAAGUGUACAACUGGUUCGCCAACCGUCGGAAGGAGAUGAAGAGAAGAGCGAAUAUCGCUGCCAUUUUAGAAAGCCACGGCAUCGAGGUUCAGAGUCCAAGCUGCCACUCAAACGGCGAGGAGGGAGAGAUGCAGGAGUUCGCAGAUCAGGUGAAUCAUCGCUUCUCAGAGCAGGAGGAGGCUUCUUCCCAGAGAGUCGUCGACCAGCCGGACCCCUCCUCGCUGGCUCCAGCGGAGAUGGCAGCCCUGCCGAGCCCCAGCUCUCAGGUCGGGGAACAAAAGGAAGAGGAUACAAUAAGGGAGCCCGUAGACGAAGAGUGACUCAAUCCAGGAAGAGUUUUGAAUCGUCAAAUCUGAAUUUUAAUCCAGUGAAAUAGGAAAAGUUUAAACACCUCCUGCUCCACCUGUGUGGGACAUUUUCAGGCCACCCAGAAAUGAAAGGGAGGAGGGUGCCUCAGAUGUUAAGGAGGGCACUGUAUUUAACAACAGUAAUCCUGCUUAUAUUAAUGGCAAUAUACAGUCUAUGUAUAGAUAAAUAUAUAUCGAUAUAUAGUGCAUUCCAAGAUGGUAUUAACGGCCUAAAUUCCUUAGAGGGAGAAUUCUGAUACCUCGCCCAUUUUAAGCUUUUCCUGCUUUCUUUGCUACAACUUCAGCUUCUUCAGAAGGAGUCUGUGAUGGACUGUGGUGACAUGAAUGUGCUGAGCCUGCAGGUCAGGUGUGAUCGAGUUUAAAAAAAAAAAAAAAAGUCUGCUUGCUCGAAUGUAUCCGACCUGACCUCAAUCAUUUUGAUUGAUUUAAUCCGCCGAUCCAUCAGCAAAUCCACAAAACCCAGAGGGACACCCGUAGUCUCAGGUAGAUUCCCACCAAUUACGGAUAAAGAUGGCGACCAAUUUGCACCAGGUUUUCUUUCUUCGUGUCUUAACGUGUUCUUCGCUGUGUUUGUUUAACCAACACAGGAAGUUUUAUUUAUAUUUGUUUUUAUAUUUGCCAAACACGCCUACGACAGGAUCUGUUUUUCUUUCUUUUAAUGAACGCUGCUUUUAUGCUCCAAUCUUCUGCCAACAAAGCUAGACUAGUUUCUUUUAUUUUUUAAAAAUCGUUUGAAAGAACGCUAAAAACAAAAAGGCUCACCAGAAACGCUACAAGCACCUUCUCUCUUACUGGGUUGAGCUAAAAGCUAAAAGUUCAUGUAAUCAUAAGAAGGGAGCUUUCCUGUACAUAACCAAGUAAAUACACGUCUGUGGGUGCUUUCAUUCAGAUUAUAUAAGCAGUAUAUAGAAACUUCUCAAACUUGAAAUAGCCGACUUACACUCUGCGUCUCGUAGACCCUCAUAUUUACCAGGCCAAGGCCUCAGGCGUCCUCUCCUGUGUGUUCAUGUAAUGAACAAAGACGCUUGGUGCCACCAUGUUGCCUCCUAAUGCCAAAGCUAUGCCAAGACGACAGAGCAGCAGAGCUUACAGGAGCAGGACAUGAAUCACAGCACUAUAGAUACACAGUGCAGAAUAUAGUUUUUUUUUUGCUCAGUACAACACUAGCAACCUCUAGCUUACCUCAGAGUAACUAUCAUGACUGAUUUACAGGCCAGCUGUCAGGAACCACUGGCAGCAGCUGUUAGGACUGUUUAUGAUAUGGACAGUGUUAUGUAGCAGUAACGGCGGCGGCCUUCACGCCGCACACUCAGUGUACACUCACCUCAGACAGUUCUCGUCCAGCUUUGGACAAGAAUCCCCAAAGCUGCUGCAGUUCCUGAUUAUUAUGCUCCUCUCUUUCUGCUUUUAUCUGACGAGGGAAAAACAUAAUAAAAAGAGUACACAAACUGC